AUGGAGGCACUACGAUGUGGCUUUGCCAUUGUGGCCCCUGCCUCUAGGGGUUUAGGCUUUGCCUUUGCACAACAACUUCUAGCCCAUACCAGCCUCCCUAUCGUCGCAACAGCACGAACAAACUGCGACCAAGUGCGUUGUCGGUUGCUUGAAAGUGUUAAAGCUGAGCACUUCAAUGCUGAGCGGCGGCUCAGGGUCUUCAAGGUAGAUGUUACUGAUGAAUCUACGAUAUCCGAGAUGACAUCCGCAACCCGUGAAAUGUACCCAGAAACGCUCUUACGGCUGGCAAUCACUGUUCCUGGGAUCCUUCAUGUUGAGAAAUCCCCAAGUCAAAUCGACGCAGAAUAUUCUUUGCGUAGCUUUCAAGUCAAUGCCCUCGGUCCCAUGCUACUGAUGAAGCAUUUGUCAUCAUUCUUGCCUACUGCAUCGUCACCCCCAUUCCAAGAUAGCGAGGAAGUAUCGGGCCAGGAUAGCUCGCAGUGGCGUUUACCCGAAUCGCAUGCUAUUUAUGCGAUGAUGGCGGCCAGAGUGGGCUCUGUCUCUGAUAAUACCUCGGGCGGUUGGUACUCAUACCGUGCAAGCAAAGCAUCAGUUUUCCAGCUAGCAAAGACGUUCGACCUGUACCUACAGUCUCAAAGCCGAGAGCGUGCCAUGGCAGUUGCUAUGCAUCCGGGAACAGUCCAUACCGAUUUUACAAAGGAUUAUUGGGAUGGAAGGUCAAUGUUGCAGCCAGAAGAGUCCGCUACAUUACUCUUGAAGCUUCUAUGUUCAAUGGGUACGGGGCCCAAAGAGGGACGGGGUCGAUGUUGGGAUUGGAAUGGAAAGGAAGUCAUGCCCUAG